UAAACUGUUUUUGCACAUCCAGACGCUUUUACGCUUGGUUUAAUAUUAUUCUCUUAUUUUGCUUUUGAAUCCUUUUGCAACUAAAAUUGUAACAAAAAUUUAAAUGGACAAAAGCUUUUGGGAAUUUAACAAAAAAUUUGAUAUAACAUUUUUGGUUGAAGGCGAAGAACUUUACGUACACCGCUACGUUUUAUCAUCGAGUUCGCCCGUAUUCAAGGUGUUGUUAGAGUCAGAUAACUUUGUUGAAAAAAAUAAACGCGUCAUAUCUCUGCCAAAUAAAAACAAAGAGAAUAUUCAAGAAAUGCUUAACUAUAUAUAUCCAUUUGGACACCAGAUUUCAGAUAAAACUAAUAUUGAUUGUUUGCUAAUUUUGUCACGUGAAUACCAGAUAAAUAAAAUUCAUAAUUUAUGCGAAGAAUUUCUUUUGAAGAAAGUACCAACUUUUGAGCUGUUAAUUACUGCGCAAGAGUUUCAGUUAAAAAACCUAGAAAGUAAGUGUAUUGAAUACUUCUCAGAAAAAGCUUUAAUAUCGUUGGAAAAUCAUCCAAAGUAUAACGAGUUAAGUGAAGAUAAUAAAUUGCAACUUGCUGAGAGACAAAAUAUGACUUUGCAAGCUGCAUGUGAUAAAGCUAGAAAAUGUCAAUUGCAUCCCAUGCAGAUGCUAUGGAUGAUUUCAAGUCAGCUAGUAAAAUAUAUAUUGCUUACCACCUUCAAACACUAUAUGUGGCAGCUGUGACCAAGCAUUCAUAACAAUGUUAAGGUCUGGCCACUUCAAUGUUACAAUUUUUUUGCUGUUGAAAUAUUUUUUUACUAUCUUAGCUGUAUGAACGUUAGCAUUAUCUUGCUGAAGAACAAAAUUUUCACCACUUAAUACAAAUGCUUGACGUCUUUAAAAUUCUUGAAAAGUUGUUAGAUAACCCUUACCCUUCAUUUUAUCGUCAAUAAAUUGAAUUUUUGAUUUACCAUAAUACCCAAUUGCACACCAAAUCAUUAAACCACCACCACCCAUUUGAUGUUGUUGAUGUGGUACUGGUUCUUUACACAAAUCGUGAAAAUAAUAGUUCUAUCUAUUUGGCCUAUUAAGACAAAAUCGUUUUUCGUCAGAAAGUACUACUAGUUGCCACUCUUCUUUCCAUGUUACGUGGUUGCAAAAGUUAUUGAAUUGUUUAUGUAAUUUGUUGUCAAAGGUGGUUUUCCCUGAAGUUUUUGCGCAAAAGGUGAAAAACAUUAUCAAUAACUCGCUGAACGGUACGUAAAUUAGCAAUCACACCUGCUUUUGCAGCAAUUUGACGAGCAGUUAAUGAAAAACUUGAAGCUUGUCUCAAAAAUUUUUGUCUAUAACGGUCACUUAAUGUUGAUGGACGCCCGGGACUUUUUUUUAUUCUAUAUAUAUGAGGACUACAAACGUAGUUUUUAAUCAAAGUUCGGCUUUCCAUUUUCGAUAAAUUAGUGAGCACUUUUUUCUUUUCACAGUUCACAAAAGUUUAAAGUUAAAAAACCGUCUGUGGUGUUGACAUCAAAUUAAUAUUCUUAAUAGCCCACAAAAUAAAACGUUUUUU